AUGACCCCAACGGGAGUGGCUCCACUGUCUACACUGGCCACAACAGACCACCCUACUACCAAACAACACUUUCGAUACGCCCAACUGUCUCACUUCUUGAAGGGGGAUCCACAUUUCAUUCGAGGAACAAGGGCACACACCACCUUUGAGACCUACUGCACCACACACAGCCUUCAAACCAAACACCUGUCCAUUUUCUACAAACUCCUAAGCACUUCAAGUCACACCCUAUUGCCGGCGUUCACGUCAGCAUGGGAAGGUGAGCUAAAUAUCACUAUUCCUCAGGAAACAUGGCAUAGGAUCUUCACACACACACAUAAAUCAUCUGUCAGCACAGCAGUAAGGGAAAGCACGUACAAACGGAUAUCCAGGUGGCAUUACUCACCUACCAAGAUCCACGCACUCUUCCCAACAGUACCUGAUCUAUGUUGGAGAUGCGGGCAAACCAAAGGAACCACGGCUCACAUUUGGUGGCUAUGCCCGCCUAUUCAAACCUAUUGGCAGAGACUAAGAAGCCUAAUAACAUCUAUCACGGGUUACCAAGUAUCACACUCCCCCGAAACCUUCUUAUUCCUCAUGCACACCACCCACAUGCCAAGCCACCUACGCAAACUCAUAAACCAUAUGCUGACAGCAGCGAACAUGCUGAUACCACUUAAGUGGAAAAGCACUGGGGUCCCAUCAGUACGUGAGUGGAUACAGAAGGUGGAAUUCAUACGGACCAUGGAAGAAUUAAGCGCCUCAUACUCGAACCACUACAACACAUACAUUCUAACCUGGCAGCCAUGGUUGACCUACCUAGAGCGUUAGAGAUACCUAAACGCCACCCUCACCCGACCCAUAUAGAACUUGCACGACCUUCAUCCCACCCCCCCUCCUCUCCGUCCUCGCUCUACCACAUCGAAAGGUACAACCCUACGAGCCGAACCCAUACCCCCCGACCAAUGUCAGUAGUAUGCUCUGUACCUGCAUUCACUAGAAUACUACCCUGUCAAGUUACACAAUGUUACAAAUGGGACAAAGGGAAAAAAUGCGCAAAUACUAAAGCCUGUGAAUUUUGCAACGAUAUUUGUUAAGCCGAUGUGGCUACUGUUUUAUCUGUCUUGUAACACCUUUUUCUCUGCGCAAUAAAAUAAAGAUUAUAAAAAAAAAAAAAAAAAAAAAAAACAUAGAAUGUGACGGCAGAUAAGAACCAUUCGGCCCAUCUAGUCUGCCCAAUUUUCUAAAUACUUUCAUUAGUCCCUAGCCUUAUCUUAUAGUUAGGAUAGCCUUAUGCCUAUCCCACGCAUGCUUAAACUCCUUUACUGUGUUAACCUCUACCACUUCAGCUGGAAGGCUAUUCCAUGCAUCCACUACCCUCUCAGUAAAGUAAUACUUCCUGAUAUUAUUUUUAAACCUUUGUCCCUCUAAUUUAAGACUAUGUCCUCUUGUUGUGGUAGUUUUUCUUCUUUUAAAUAUAGUCUCCUCCUUUACUGUGUUGAUUCCCUUUAUAUAUUUAAAUGUUUCUAUCAUAUCCCCCCUGUCUCGUCUUUCCUCCAAGCUAUACUUGUUAAGAUCCUUUAACCUUUCCUGGUAAGUUUUAUCCCGCAAUCCAUGAACCAGUUUAGUAGCCCUUCUCUGAACCCUCUCUAAGGUAUCAAUAUCCUUCUGAAGAUACGGUCUCCAGUACUGUGUACAAUACUCCAAGUGAGGUCUCACCAGUGUUCUGUACAAUGGCAUGAGCACUUCCCUCUGUCUACUGCUAAUACCUCUCCCUAUACAACCAAGCAUUCUGCUAGCAUUUCCUGCUGCUCUAUUACAUUGUCUGCCUACCUUUAAGUCAUCAGAAAUAAUCACCCCUAAAUCCCUUUCCUCAUAUGUUGAGGUUAGGACUCUAUCAAAAAUUCUGUACUCUGCCCUUGGGUUUUUACGUCCAAGAUGCAUUAUCUUGCACUUAUCCACAUUAAAUGUCAGUUGCCACAAUUCUGACCAUUUUUCUAGUUUACUUAAAUCAUUUGCCAUUUGGCUUAUCCCUCCUGGAACAUCAACCCUGUUGCAUAUCUUAGUAUCAUCAGCAAAAAGACAUACCUUACCAUCAAGACCUUCUUACUGUUCUGAAAUACUAAUAUUUGUGUUCAGCGAAGUCUCCCGAGUAUAACAGUACCCCCAUGUACAGGUUUUAUAGUGUUUUUGAAAGUUUCAUGGUCAAAUAUAUGGCUGGAUUUUCAUUUUUUUUUUUCAAUUUUCCAUAUGAGACACAUAUGCCAGUUAAACUUAGAGCCAGUUUAAAAGGCUCAUAAAUAGGUGAGCAGUUCCCAUUUUCUCUCACCACAAAAAGAUAUUGUUUUAUAUGUUAAAAGUUAAACAAUCUGCACCCAGAAGUUUGUCUCUCUUUUCUCUUGGAGUCUUCAUCCUGAUUGAAAGGAGGGAAGGAAAAAGAGGGAAAAAAAAGCAAGCAGAAUCAAUACGGUCUCGCUGCCUACCUUAAAGGCACGGAUACUUGAGUGUUUAGAGCCUAUAUCCAUAUAAAAGGCUCUAAUAAAUGUGAGUUUAUUUGCAUAUACCUAAAUUCACUUUAAUACAGGCUCUACGUUAUCACCCUAUGUAUGUUUUCUGUUUUUUUCCUUUUAUAUAUCUACCUCUCUGAUAUUACCUUGAGUGGUAAGUGUACAUUUGUAUUUUUGAGCACUGUUAAUAUACACCUAUUAGCGCUACACUCUUACCAAUAGUGGGGAGGUGGUCACACUGACCCAUUUGAGGUUUACUGGUUGUUUUUUGCAUGUGGAGAGUGGUUUUGGAGUACCCUCAUGAGUGUUUUAUAGCAGCUUUUUGAAAUUUGUUCUAUACUAUAUUUAUAAGCGCCAUUUAUUCCCACACUUUUCUUUGUGUUGUUUCAAUUUUCCAGAUUGGUUAUGUUGCCUUUGAGAGCGUUUGGUAGCCCAGGAAUGAGAAUUACCCUCAUGAUGGCAUACCAUUUGUAAAAGAAGACAACCCAAGUUAUUGCAAAUGGGGUAUGUUCAGUCUUUUUUAGUAGCCACUUAGUCACAAACACUGGCCUAAGUUAGCGUUCAUAAUUGUUUUUUUGCAUUUUUUGCAUUUAACACACAUAUAAAUGCAAACUUUGGCCAGUGUUUGUGACUAAGUGGCUACUAAAAAAAGACAUGCCUCAUAUUGAAUACCCUGCGUUGUCUUCUUUAAAAAUAUAUGUACGUGAGGUGUGAUUCAGAGAUUUAUGACAGAUAAGUGUUACACUGUCAAUAUUGAUACAUUUUAAAAAUAUAUAUUUUGAAAAAGCAAUGUCCUACUUGUACUUAUAGCCCUAUAACUUGCAAAAAAGCAUGUAAACACUGGGUGUUUUUAAAUUCAGGACAAAAGUUUUAAUCUAUUUAGCAGUUUUUCCCAUUAGCUUUUGUAGAUAAGUAAAAGAUGUUUCAAGUAAAAGUCAAAAAGCAUGUUUUUUUUCUCAACUUUUUUUUUUAACCCCUUAAGGACGGUAGGCGUUCUAUGCCAUCCUUAAGGAACCUGUACAUAGGGGGUACUGUUUUACACGUGAGACAUUGCUGAAUACAAAUAUGUGUAUUUUAUUGCAGUAAAAGCAAACAGUAUUAUGAUGUUCACAGUUAGAAUGUCACGUAGAACUAAAAUGUUUUUACAAAUUCUUUUCUCCCAUAUUUUAUUCAUAUUAAAUUGUUUUAUACCUAAAUAUUUGAUGUUAAAUGAAAGCCCUGUUUCCCCUGAAUAAAAUGAUAUAUAAUAAGUGUGGGUGCACAUAAUAUGAAAGAGGUGAAUUACGCCUGAACAGACAUAUAGCGCAAAUUCAAGGUUUUGUUUUGAUCACAACGUGUACAUUUGGCUCAGUCCUUAAGGGGUUAAAGUAAAUUAUAUGACAUGAUACAAAUAAUGGUAUGUAAAGAAAGCCCUUCUUGUCCUGAAAAAAAACAAUAUUUAACUUGUAUGGGAAUAGUAAAUGCAAGAGAGGAAAAUUACAGCUAAACACAAACACUACAAAAGUGUUAAAACAGCCCUUGUCCUUAACGUACAACAUGGCCAAAACAGUCCAGUCCUUAAGGGGUUAAAAAGGAGCCAAACAAACUGUGAUAAUAAAUGGCUUUAUAUGAUCACUAUCCUUUAAUAAAAUACUUUUUUUGCAUGAUCAGUCAUAUUUUCAAAAUCAAUGGCAAAAUUUCACAAUUUCUGCCAGGUCGUGCAAACUCACUGCUCAAUUCUUUGCCACAACUUCUAAAUGGCAAAUAAUUGAGCAGUGAGUAUGCAGGAACACUAUUUAUACACCAAAACUAUUUCAUUAGGCUUAAUUUAUUCUAAACAUUAUCAGCUACAACAUUAAAACCACGUAUCUCAUAAUGUGUACAUCCCCCUCAUGCUGCCAAAACAUCUCUGAUGCUUUAAACCAUGGACUCCACAAGACCUCUGAACAUGUCUUGUGGUAUGUGGCACCAAGACAUUAGAAGCAGAUUCUUUAAGUAUUGCAGGUUGCAAGGUGGGUCUCCAUAGAUUUGUUGUUUCAGCACAUCCCACAGAUGCUCAAUCUGAUUGAGAUCUGCGGAAUUUGGAGGCCAAGACAACACCUUGAACUAUUUGUCAUAUUCCACAAACCAUUCCUUAACAAAUUUUGCAGUGUGGCAGGGUGCAUUAUCCUGCUGAAAGAGGAUGUUGUCAUCAGGAAACACCAUUGACAUGAUGGGGUGUACGUGGUCUUCAACAAAUUCUAGUGCCAAAGUAACAUCCAUAGUAACAUACACGUGUCAAAGUAACAUCCAUAUGAAUGCCUGAACUCAAGGUUUCCCCAUGGAAUAUUUGGAAUCUGACUAAAUGAACAAAAAUCUAAAUUUUCAGCCAUUUCCAUAUACUAGGAAUAUGAAUGCACAUAUCUACUGCCUGGUCACUUUAGAUCCCUGGUCUUCAUAAAGAGAAGAAGUGUAUUCUGUUUAUUAAUAGUCAUAAUAAUAACUGUUUUCCCAGAAAGUACAAGUUAGCUUUUAUUCCUUUUCAAAUAUAUCCCAGAAUUGUGUUUUUAUUACAAUUACAAGUUAAUGGUAUGUAUGUAAUUGACCUCCGAACCAAACCUGCAAUAUUUAGCCUACAACCUUAGCUACUGGGUUAAGAUUUGUGUGUGAAUAUUGUGUUUGUGAUAUUCGUGUGGGAUAUUUGUUAAUUCUGCUUUAUUUUUUAGGUGUUUCUAUGAAGAUGAUCAUCUUCUUCUUCUUAAGUGUACCCAGUGUUUUACUGGUUGGUGCUUCAUGUCCAGCUAUGUGUAGUUGUUUGGUAAAAGACAAAGUGUUCUGUACUGGAAGAGAUAUAGCAGACUUUGCCAAACUCGCAAUACCCUAUAACUAUACUUCUAUUAUUAUAAAAAAUACUCUUGCCUCCAAACUAUCAGAAGACAGCUUCCAGCCAACAGACGUGACCUCACGUCUUGCCUUGGACUCUAACCAGAUAUCCAUAGUAACAGUUGGAGCAUUUAAAGGUUUUAAAAUUCUACACUCCAUUAAGCUUACAGACAAUAAAAUUAAGAGUCUGCCUCCAGGGAUUUUUGAUUCCUUAAAAAGUCUUAUACAGUUGUUCCUUGAUAAAAAUGAAUUGACACAAAUAGAUGAAUAUUUGUUUUCAAAUUUAGAGAAACUAGAGGAGCUUUCUCUAAACAGAAAUUACCUAGCACAAUUGCCAGAUGGUUUGCUAAGCAGACUCAAAAGUCUCAGAGUUCUGAAUCUUUCCAGAAAUAAGCUCUCCACCUUGCCUAGAAGCAUUUUUAGCUCACUGAUCAAUCUAGAAUACUUGUACCUCUACAAUAAUAUGCUAACUGAGAUCAAUAACUGGAAUUUUAACCAUCUUGGAGAGCUGAUAGAGCUUGCUUUAUAUGGAAAUAAAAUCCAAACCAUUUCUAAAGAUGCAUUUAGUUAUUCUCCUAAUUUAAAAACGCUAACUCUUUCCAGAAACCAACUGAAAACAUUACCCGAUGGAUUAUUUUUACAUUUGCCAGAGAUAACUAUGUUAACGCUUUAUGACAAUCCUUUAACUGAAUUCCCCACUGUGCUCUUUGGAAAAAUGGACAAGUUGCAAUCUCUAUGGAUCUACCAUACAGAUCUGGAAACUGUGCCAAGUCUUGUUUUCAGUAAUCUCACCAACUUGCAGUUACUUGUCUUGACCAGAAACCCAAAGCUUCAUCGUCUUCCAAAGAAUGCAUUUCAUGGUCUGAGCAAUGUAUUGGAACUAUCACUACAUUCCAAUAAUCUAACUUUUCUUGAGGAGGGAAUCUUUGAAGAUUUGCAAAGCCUGAAAAAUCUAUCUCUUUUCAAUAACUACUUUGAAGUGCUCCAAGGCAAUCUCUUUGGCUCUCUUCAAAAUAUUCAAUAUGUUUAUCUGAACAACUGUCAAUUACAGACCCUUCCUGGUGAUUUGUUUAAGGGAUUGCCCAGUUUGCAAAUGGUGCGUUUAGAUGGCAACCCUUGGGCCUGUGAUUGCAAUCUUUUAGAUUUUAUUGCAUGGCUUCGCCAAAACAUGAAUCAGGUACAUGAUGCUAUGUCACUUGUUUGCAGAACUCCUUUCAAAUUGAUGAAUAUUCCUGUUUUGAAUGCAAGUGAGUCAAUAUGCCGGCACACAACAACUAGGGAGAUACAUUCUAGCUCCCAACUAGUAUCAACAUCUCCCUACCCUUGGUGGACCAUAAGCCGUGACACAAAGGUUACUAAAUCCAUUCUUGAGAUGAAAUCUUCUACUGCUGGCGUAGAGCCUAGUACGUCAACUGUGAGCACGGUGACACAUGUUCAUACUACCACUGAGGUGAAAAACCAUGAAGAGACAAGUUCAGAUGUACACCAGACGGGAACUACAAUGGAUUCAAACGUGACCGAUUCCUCCAAACAUUUAAUUGUUGCUUAUGACAAUGAACCUUUCAGCUAUAUUAUGCCAUACAGCAAAAUGAUUUUAUUUUUUUUGUUUCUUACUCCACUGUUGCAAUUAUUACUCAUAUUUCUAACAUGUUUUGGAUUGUUCACAAUUAAGAGGCUUUAUAGCUAUUUUGACACUUUAGCACAGCCUGCUGUUGUUUUACUACGAGUUUUGAUUCCACUUGGCAGCAAUCCUCACAGUUUGAGUUUUUACUGAUUACUCACAAUAUAUAAGAUAAAAUGCGCACUUGUGGAAUGUACCUUAAGGGUAUCUUUGUGGUAAAUUUCUAUGCUUUCUGCUAUUUUUAUAAUAUUAGACUACAAAUUGUGUGUGUCUCUAUUCACAUAUCUUCAACACUGCUAUGUCUGUUCACCUUGGAAACCCCUGUAUGUAAUUUCAUCCAUCAACCCAUGCUAUGUCUGUCCAUCCCUUCCUCAUAAACUGACUCAACCAGGUCAUUCUGUUCAUCACCUACUCUUGAAUGUGUUUUACCUUACACUCACCUAGCCCCUCUGUGCUUUGAAAAUAGUGCCGCCUUCCCUAAUAGUUACUUUGCAGAGCAUGGCCGCAGCAGAGUCUAUUAAUGCCAUUGUAUGCAAUCUCUCAGUGCAAGCAGUCAGCCACAUUGCAAUAUAAGGCAGUGCACUGCCAGCAGAGGGUUGUUGAAUGCCCUCCCACCCUCACCAGUGAGCAUGUAUCAAAUUAUGGGUUAAUGUACUAAAAUGAAAUCUAUAUGUUCAUUGAUGUUUUUCAUGAAACUUAUGUCAUGCUAGAAUAGUUCAAAAAUGCCUAUUGGAUUGGACCAAAAAAUAAUUAAAUUUUUUUUUUUAAUUAUUAUUCUAA